AUGUGAUUCCACACAAUUACAGCUCUCGACUAAAGAAGAUUUAGCUACAUUAGUAUGUACUCUAAGAAAAAUCUCGAUUUUAUACUUAGCUAUUGUAAUUCAUGGAGUUAUUAUUUAGUAGUCUGAUUCUAUAUUUGGAUUACAGAAUGGCAUUUGAGACACACUAAGACUUAAGGGUUAGCAUACUGAGUGACUUCAGUUUAUGUAACAGCACCUUAAACACUGGUUAAACUGGAUCCAUAGCAGUGAGACUCGCCACUUCCCCAACACUGACAUCGACAGAUAACUCUCGGUAACUCCACACAACUCUACACAACUCUAUUGAGUAACGCAGAUCAGUUCCUGUUUAAUGCACUAGGAGCUGUCCACAAGCACCAAACCAUGGCUUACAGGCUUACAGUGAUCGAUUAACCUGCUGUCAUAUUGCUUCAUAGAUGCUUUCAGAUGUACAGAGGGCUUUUGGUUUUGUCUCUGUAGACUGAACCCUGUCGACACAUCAGAUAAGAUAUUCUCCAAGAAAUCUUGAGGCUGGGCUGUUCAUGAGGAGACAUGAGGAAGUGCAGUCCAUGGAUGUUUCUGCCUGUAAUGUUUUCUUUCUUCACAGCUGCUGGUCUCUGGGUCGUGUAUUUCAUUGCUGUGGAGGGUGAGAAAAUCACCCCACUCAGUGCAGAGUACAAUAGGUCAGAAUCAAAACCUCCUCCAUAUAUCAGUAUUGCAGGCAAUGCUCCACCUGCCAGCUGUGUGUUCAGUCAAGUCAUGAACAUGGCAGCCUUUGUAGGCUUCGUUCUGGGAGUGCUGCGAUAUCUGCAGCUGAAGCCCAGAGCACAUAAACCCUGGCUCAACAUCAGCAGUCUGGGGGCUCUGUCUCUUGCCUGCUUUGGUAUGACUUUAGUUGGGAAUUUCCAGCUGUCCAGCGUUGAGGAGCUGCACAACAUUGGCACGUUUAUGACCUUUGGGCUAGGAACACUCUUCUGCUGGGUCCAGUCUUUCAUGACCCUAAAGGUCAACCUGAGGAAUGAAGGCAGGCGAGCAGGAAUCCCUCGCUUCCUGUUGUCCGGAGCUGUAACUUCCUGCAUGUUGCUUUACUUCGCUCUGAUGGCUCAGCGGCUGCACAUGCACGCGGCCCGCACUCAGUGGGCUCUGGUCAUGUUCUUCCUGAUGUACCUGGCCACGUUCGCCAUUGAGUUUCGCCACUUCCAUUUCAAGAUAGUGUGCAGCGACGAGCAGGACCCUCCACUCAGCCUCUCCGGGGUCUCCGAGUACCAGUCCGACCAGCUCUAGUCCCACUCUUCAGCGUCUGUGGAGCCUCGUACUUCUUCCAGUGUUCGCCAGUGACCAGUCCUGCAUGUAAACUGAAUGUAAUCUCUCUAGGAAGACCUUCAGAAGACGAGUACGUCUUCUGAACCUGUUGGUAGGCUUUCGCAAAAGCAACAAAUUCUGGAAAUGCACAAGGAUUUACUGUGACGUGCUCCAUGUUUGUGUGUCAGAUGAGCGAAGCAACAAGGACACUGGAGAACAUCUCAAUACAGGAACAGUUUCUAGCAAGAUAAUCCAUUCCAAUCCAUUAAUUAUUUGCAGUAAAAUAUCCAAAAACCACUAGGCUAUUGUUAUAUAUUUUGUACAACGGAUUACUAACAAUAUCACUAAUGUUUUGAACUACUUGUAAAUCAUAAGAAUAGUCCCAUUUUAAACAGUGACACGGGGCAGUGCAGUCGCCUGUCAAUGAUGUUAGUUACCCUUUGUUACCGCCUUUACUGACGUAGGAACCACAUGACAACAGCGUCAUGGACAAAUGGGGAAGUAGCUUCGCGACAAACUUCAAUUAGAAAGAGAUGCCGAUCUCGCUUGUGUUUUACUCGACUGGUGAGUUGUUUUGAUUCGUAUCUUUACAGAAAACGUAUGCUAUUAUAAUGAUCAACAAGAUUAGCAUUAUGGGGCAUACAAGCCAAACGUGGGGCAUCGCGUCUGAUCCAUAGUCUGAUCAUGUCUUUGCAUUGACUUUGUAUGUAAUCUACUCGCGCAAAUCGUUGAACUCGCAUUAAAUCCAUGAUUAAACUUUCUGAAGACAACAAAUCCCAUCAUUCCUCGCUCCUUAGCAUCAUCAAACCACGUGAUUUCUAUUGUUUUGAUAGAGCGC